GCGACGACAUAUAUACAUAUACAUACAGGAUGGCUUCCUUCGGCGAGGCCCCCGCCGGUGACGCCGGCAGCGGCGACAAGAUCUUCCGCACCAAGUGCGCGCAGUGCCACACUGUGGAACGCGGCGGCGCGCACAAGCAGGGGCCGAACCUACACGGCCUCUUCGGCCGCCAGUCCGGCACCACCCCCGGCUACGCCUACUCAACGGCCAACAAGAACAUGGCCGUCGUCUGGGAGGAAGGCACCCUCUACGACUACCUGCUCAACCCCAAGAAGUACAUCCCCGGCACCAAGAUGGUCUUCCCGGGGCUCAAGAAACCCAAGGAACGCACCGACCUCAUCGCCUACCUCAAGGAUGCUACAGCGGCUUAAUUUAAUGGAUCGAUAUUUAUGUUUAAUUAACUUUCACACCACGGGUUAAUUACUUAUUUGUUAGUUCAACGUACGGUAGCAGCCACUGCACGUGUAACAAUGAAUAUCUGUUGUUACUUAUUAUGCACAUUUUUUUUCUU